AUGAAGAUGGACUGGUUUUCCUGCAACGGUUGCAUUUUGAUCACAAUCGAUGAUGCUAUGAUCCAAGCGACAGUGCCAUUCCAUCUACAACUAUGGCACUGCAAGCCUCACAUUGUCUACACCAACAUAUCUAUCAACGAGACAGUCAAGAUGUUUAUUGAAGAAAGGAAACGUGAAUCUGCUACAAAUAGUUCAGUCAAUGCAGAUGAAUGGAAACUUGAUGACAAUCAAAUCAAGUCGGCACUUAAGCUUUUGGAAUGUUUCGACAAAGAGGCUGUUGUCAAGAUCAUCCCUAUUCGCAAUCAGGUUGGUGUGCACGCCAUUGCGUUUAGUUUGAAAGAGAUAUUAGAUAGGUGGGGGGACCGUACAGAGGAGCUGGCAAUGGACUCAACUUGGAGAACUAACAAAGCUGGCUACAAGAUGUAUGGCUUUGUUGGAGAAGGAAAUGGCCAGUCGAUUCCUUUUGCAUUCCUUUUCACGACAUCAACAUUAGCCUGCAAAGAUGGAUACAAGAUUCAUAUGCUUACGGAUGUGCUCCAAUUCCUCAAGAUGUGUUGCCCCAAUAUCAUGUUCAUGCUUUCCGAUAAAGAGGUUGCAGAGAUCAAGGCCCGUCUGGGCAUACCUGUGGAAUUGCUGGUACCAUCCUAA